AUGUUCAAGCGGAUGCGUUGGGCCGAGGUGGCGAGCAUCCCUCCUUCUGCCGGUUUUAGCUCAGAGGCGAAGGAUAAGAUCCUUGCCCAUGUGUAUGCGGCCAUCCCUGAGGAAUACGUGAGGUCACUCCCCGGGAUUGACUUGAGAUUCUUUGGGUCCAUUCAGUCUCUCGUCCUUGAUCUCUUCAUUCGCUGUGCCGAGAGUAGGAACUACCGCUUUGAUAUGCACAAUGUGAUGCUCAAGCACAAGGACCAGAUCGAGAAUCAUGAGCAAUAUGCUGAGAAGACAGCCAGGUUGAUCAACUUGGACGCGGAUAAGAAGAUUGCUCUGAAGACGGAAGAGCUGAAGAAGGCCGAGGAGGACGCUGAGAAAUAUGAAGAGAAGCUGCUGGAACAUGAGGGGCGGCUUGCCGUGCUGAGAAAGGAGUACUCUUCCGUCUUAGAACGGGUGACUGAUUUCUCUUCCAAGGUGAACGUUCUGGAAGGUCAGCUCAAGGCCAUGCAGGAGAAGAUCGAGGCCGUGCGCAAGGAGGCUGCAAGCUCUUUUAAGUUGGGCGAGGAGUCCAUCUUGGAGAGUGCCCAAAAGGCGUGGGAUCAGUAUAUGGACGGGAAGGAUUUUUCCUGGUUCAAACACCGUAUCUCCCCCCAGAUAACCGUUUUGACGGCUAGGCGCUUAGGCUUAGAUCCUCCCGAGUUCGUUAGUGACGGGGAGGAAGACAUAGAAGAAGACUAG